GGGGGCGACUCACCGGGGGAUAUGCAUUGCAAAUUUAUAGCAUUUAAAAGCCGCCUUACCUAUCCAUCGGCUACUCAGUCGAAGUUGGUGGAUCGAGUGGACGUGCCACGUGGCAGUUGGGUAGUUCGGUAGUGGUUCGGUGUAUUGUUCUUCUUCCUUUGGUUCGUUUUGCAUCCCGCGUUCCAUCGCCAGUUGACCCGGACCCGGGGGUAGUGUUUUUGGAGUGCAGAACCGGACAAGCAGCAAAGUGGCCACGAUGACGCUCGUGCUGGAGCGGAUGUACGACGUGUACCGGGAGUACAUGGUGGAGCGGCGGGAUAUGCGCAGCGCCCAUCUGCCGCUGGCCGGCAGCCCGUGGCCGCUGAUGCUGCUGCUCGCCACCUACCUGUACGGGGUGCUGCACGCGGGCCCUCGGUUCAUGGCCCAGCGGAAGGCGUACGAUCUGCGGAAGGUGAUCCGGGUGUACAACAUAGUGCAGGUGCUGAUCAACAGUGUCAUCUUUCUGUGGAUUGUCAUCAAGAUGUUUGUCGUGUACCGGGACUACAACUUCUCCUGCCAGGUGUGCAACUACACGUCCGACUACCGGGGGAUGGAGGAGAUGUACCUGAGCUACAGCUACUUCCUGCUGAAGGUGCUCGACCUGGCCGACACCGUGUUCUUCGUGCUGCGGAAGAAACAGUCGCACGUAUCGUUCCUGCACGUGUACCAUCACACCAUGAUGGUGAUCGGGUCGUACUUCGGCAUGCUGUACGUACCGGGCGGGCAUGCCAUUAUGCUCGGCAUCUGGAACACGCUCGUCCACGCGGUCAUGUAUCUGUACUACUUCGUCUCGUCGUACGGCUCGCAGUACAGCGGUUGGUGGAAGAAGCACCUCACGCACAUGCAGCUGCUGCAGUUCGUUCACCUCGCGUUCCACUUCGGCAUACCGCUGUUCUUUAAUCGCGAGUGCAAGUUCCCGCGCUUCUGGAUGGGGGUCGGGUUCCUGCAGGCCCUCUUCAUCCUCGGCCUGUUUAUGGACUUUUACAUUAAGUCGUACGUCGUGAAGCGGAAAGAGCAGUAGGGCGUACGGUAGUAGUAGCAGCAGCAGCAGCAGCAGCAAGUCCAUUGACUUCACUUACAAGGGAAUGGCGGGGGGGGGACUGCAACGCCACCGACCAUCAAAGGGCGAACUUUCGCUCAGGUCAAAACCAAAAUACAAAAACAUCGAACCAAUCGUACAAAUUUAAGUUUCGUGAGUGUGUGUGUGUGUGUGUGAAUGCACCAACAGCGACUAAUGAACCAAGGAAAAAAAACUAAUAGGAAAAAUUAAAUCAAAAUACAAUGACUGAAACAAGUAAAAAAAAUAAAAGAAAACAAAAGCGCGUGAACAACGACGUGGACACGAAUGCAAGCGUACCGGUUCAAUGUCAAAGCAGUGUGACAGCACACAGCGCCAACUUCGAUUGCUAAUUACAA